UGGCCGCCAGUGACUACUGCCCUGGUGGCUUCUCCCUUGCUACUUCCCAACCGGGUUUGCAGGGUAAUUCUAUAUUUCGUGAUUGCGUGUAGCGUAGCACCUACACCUUUGCAGCUAGUUGCAAAGGCUCUUUACUCCUUUAAUGUACUGCAACCACUCUCGGGAUGCUACUUAUAG